AUGGCGUUGUCUCUCAGCACCAACAUUGUCAUUGUGUGUGCUGUGUUUAUAGCGCUACCCAUUAUUGCGGUAGUUCUCAGGUUCUGGGCCCGCGCCGUUAGGCACAAUGGUCUUUCUGGUGAUGACUACCUGAUCCUCCCCGGCUUGCUAUUCAGCGUGGCACUAAGCAUCAAUAACAUUGUCGGCGGUCACAUACACAUGGACGAUGCUGGCAAUAUUGUGUUCGACCACACUUUGACCAUUUUCUUGCAGGCCGUAUGUUACGACUACCUCCCCAUGUUUUGGGCCACGGCUAUUAGCAACAUGAUUAUGGACACGGCCAUUCUGGCCGUCCCAAUCCCAUUUGUCUGGCGCUUGCACAUGCCCCGGCGACAAAAGAUUGCCGUCAGCGCUAUCUUUUUGUUGGGCGCCUUCUACGCCAACGCGCUGGACAUCACCGUGAACAUCGCACCGACGCUCUACUGGACGGUAAUCGAGGCCGCGGUCGCCGUGGUCAGUGCCUGCCUCCCCACGCUGCGUCCCCUCUUCACCGGCAUCUCGCUUGAUGCACUGCAAGACUUUGCGAGCAAGUUCUCGCUCCGCAGCGGCAACAAGUCGUUGGCCAGUUUCCGGAGCAACCAGGGAACUGCUACUAGCAACAGCCACAGCAACAACAACAAGUGGCACCUCUCGUUCCCCAACCACAGCGCGUCGUCGUCGGCUAAGAUUGUGAACCGGGUCGAGGCGGUGCGCAGCCCGAGUGCAGAAGAGGCCCUUUUGGAGUUGCAGGACCAGCCCGGCGGGAUUAUGGUGUCGAAGGCCAUUCACCAACAACGUUCUGAUGUUUAG